AUGGUCCGCACUUCCGUUCUCAACGAUGCUCUCAAGAGCAUCAACAACGCCGAGAAGGCCGGCAAGCGCCAGGUCCUGAUCCGACCUUCGUCCAAGGUCAUCGUCAAGUUCCUGCAGGUCAUGCAGAAGCACGGCUACAUUGGCGAGUUCGAGGAGGUUGACGACCACCGCUCCGGCAAGAUCGUUGUCCAGCUCAACGGCCGUCUCAACAAGACUGGUGUCAUCUCUCCCCGCUACAACGUCAAGCUGGCCGACCUCGAGAAGUGGACUGUUAGGCUGCUGCCCUCUCGUCAGUUCGGCUAUGUCAUCCUGACCACCUCUGCCGGUAUCAUGGACCACGAGGAGGCCCGUAGGAAGCACGUCUCUGGCAAGAUCAUUGGUUUCUUCUAUUAG